AUGUCCGUUGCAAUUGGUGAGACAAGACAAAGCGCCGUGUACCAUGACAGUAUCAUAGGGGGAUGCUCCUGUCAGCCUCGGGGUUGUUUAAUGCUCGUUCGUUGUACGCUUGCCUUCCAUCUGUUUUCUCCGACGCUCCUGGAGAGUUUUCAUUACUUUGGGAGCAUUCCUGGAAGUCUCAGCGCCUGGGUGGCGCAGACCCGCCGAGCGACAAUGCUUGACGGUAGCAUGAUUCCUGGUAACAGUCUAGUCUUCGGACCUGGAGGGCAGGCUUCCAUCAUUGCCCCGCAGGACAACGGUGACGGUCCUCAGAUGGCUUCUCAAGGAUCGGAUCAAUUCCCACAGGGCGUUCCUGAUAUCGGAACGGACUCGACUAUAGCCGCGAAUACAAUGUCUCCGUCCAAUUUGCCUUCAAGCAGCAUACAACUCUCUAGUGAUAUCCCGACCUCUACUAGCACUGCUGCGUCGUCUACACUAUCCCCCGUCAUCUCUGUGACGUCGAGCCCGUCGGUACAGUCAGCAGUAUCGACGUCCACAAGCUCGCAGCCCACGACGUCUAGUCUUACCUCAACUAUAAGCGUCACAACCUCUGUCAUACCAUCCUCUUCCGCAGUUUCCGAAGCGUCCUCCGGGUCAGCUCAUGAUGCAAGAUUCUAUGCUGGUGUCGCCUUCGGCAUUAUCGCUGCCUUGACUGCCUCUAUAGCAUUCCUUACAUGGUGGCUACGCAUCAGGAGGCGUUCCCGCCGUCGAUCCGUAUCAGGGAAGACGCUCUGGCCAUGGACUAAGGACACCAUUGGUGGAUACGGAAGCGAGAAGCCCAGCUCGUUGACCGAUGGCGCGUCAUAUAUGUGGGAGCCCAGACAGAUCAAAUCUGCUUACGGGGGACAUGGCGCGGGGCUGCCACAGACUGGCGAGACCGACAUUGGUGGAACGUACCCGCGCCUCCCGCCGGUCAUCCACCUCGGCGACGGCAUCGGAUCUUACCCGACAGUCCAGCUGUGCAGCGCGAACAGCAGUGUCCCGGAUCUCGCGCCAGAUAUGGGUACGCUCCAAGUGACGAACCUAAUGCCGGAUGACCUGCGCUCGGAGUCAAGCGGCGGCGCGAGCCGUGCAAGCUCUGCGCUAGGUAUUGCAUCCAUGUCUCAUGCGCUGUCGUAUGAAUGCGGGACGCCGUACGCCCCAAUGGCAAUUGAACGCCCCCGCUUCCUCAGUCUGCAUGGGAGUGGGCUUACCGUCCCUUGGGCACUCAAAGAGCGUCCGACCAGCAUGGGCCGUCUAGGUACCUCAGGGGGGUUUAGCGACAAAGAUCUAGGCCCCUUAUCAUAUCCUGGGGAUGGAGUCGCGAGAGGAACUCAAACCAGUGGCUGGGCCGCGUCGCUGAAGUGGAACCUAGUCAAUGCAUUCAACACGGUUGUUGGAGCAAACAACGCAAAUGAGCCGACCUGCAGCACUUGGACCCCAGCCCCCACUCGAAUACGAGGCGAUUGCAGAUCGAUUUAUAGGGACGCUGCAAACUCGGGGUUGGGUACUCUGUCUAGAGCGAGCACCAUGCGCUCAGUCCAUUCGAGUUUCAAGGAGUGGAAGGCGGAAAACAACGGACAAGUAACGAGUCCCUUUCAUGUCCACUUGCCAGAAAGAGCCGACUCUUCUCCCUGGCUGUCCGGUACGCUUCUGCAAGAGUACAUCCAGGAGCCAUCUAGAGCGGAAGCACUACCGGAGUGCCAGGAAACAUCACCUUCACUUCCAGAAUCACGCAUGGACGUCAAAGACGAGGAUGGCUUCCACGAGGCGAAUCCAGCAGGAAUCACUGUUAUGGAUCUUCCUCAGCUACCGGAACUUCCGUCCUAUCAGGCCGAGCAGCAUCGCCGUAUGACAACGCAAACCCGUCGACGUGUAACGAAGAGGCCACGAGGAUCUCGCCGCCCGACCAUGCCUUCCGGGCGGACGUCCUCGUAUUGUUCUGAUAUUUCCAGACAGUCAAGCGUCUCUUCUGAGCGCUUGACGGACGCAGAACAGUUCGCGAAGAAGAUGCUCAGAGAACGGAGGAAGAGGGUGCUAGAAAUGAGUACAGGGCCAAGACGGAGGACAUCAACUCAGGUUCAAGAGAAGUUUGUGGAGAUACCACUCUUAUGA